AGAGUCGUCAUCCAUCAAUCUAUCCCAACCCCCCAUAUAACUCAUGAAACUUGACUUGAAACUCUAAAAGCACCAUGCGGAUUAACACUUUAACUUGUCUUGUGUUGGUAUUAGCGGGAUGUGUCAGCGGACUGCGUGUAAGGUACAGAUACCCCUCCCAGUCAUCUGGGUCUAGGAAAACUUUGAGUGGUUGGACGUCCACAAAUAUGUAUGAUAGAGUCCUAUCCAACAGACGCAGCAGGCCGCAAAGUUUAUCCAGCAUUUGGUCUGCUUACAGGGUUCCCUAUCAAAGACCGCGGUUUUAUUCAGAUUUGAAUGAGCUUCAAGGCGCUUCAUCGAGAAGACGGAUGGCAAACUCUUUAAUGCGAGAUUUGAACAACCUUGAAAGGCGGAGAACCUCUGCUUCGAGACUUCCCUCAACACGUGACAGGUCAAGCUCAUCCAGAGUCACCGAUACGUCAUCCUCUCUGCGCAGGCAAUAUGGAGACCUCGCACAAUAUCUACCACUUCCGGUUGGUGAAAAAUUCAAAUCUUCGCCAAUAAAAGAUUACCGAGCCAACAAAAAACCUCUCCCAGCCGGUCCACUUGCACCGGAAAUACUUCAAAUGAGGAAAGAGAUCAAAGAUAAAGUCGAAUCAGGAUAUUAUGGAUCAAAACCAAUAUUUAAUAUUCCAUAAUUAUAACUUGUUUUAUUAUCAAUGCAAUUUCAUUGUUUGUUUUAACGCCGCAUAUUAUGUAAAUAAAAUGUACAGAUUAACAAUAAUAAAUGGAAUCUUUAAUGUUA